AGAUGGUUGCAGCCUCAAGGUUCACGAUUCUACUCUUAUUUUACGCCCUUCUACAUAUCAGUCACUGGUGGCUUGUCGCUAUUACAACUGCUGGAAGUUGUGCAUUUUUCAUUGCAAAGACAUUGAUAUAUGAGUGGAACAAGAAAGCAAGCUAUCCCUUUGAAGUGAUGCUCAUCCUCAUAUCUUUCCUUAUUGCUUGGGCUGAGGCCUGGUUCAUAGAUUUUCGUGUUUUACCUCAAGAAGCAAGGGCGAAAACCAUUCUUGAAGCUGCGAGUGGUGGCCAUUAUUCAGGUAGUGACCCAAUGAUACCUCAGUUAGAAGCGGUGAGGAAUUACCUGAAUAAUUAUACAGAGACAAUUGGAGAUUUCUAUUCUCCCAUGGAGUCACCCUUAGCUUCUGAUGAUGAAGAAGAUGAUUCCAGAAGAGGUGCUACUAAGUUGUCUCCAAGGGUAACGAUGUCGGCAAUAGCCUAGCAGGCAGUAGCGUACAAUCUGCAUCAAUUCAGUGAGAAUAUGUUAGCUAAACUGUUGUGGGUUUUGUCUAGCAUAAAUAUAGAGAGGAGAGAUUGGACAGUGUGUAAUAGCCAAACCAGCUUGUGACGUAUACUGCCUGGAGUCAUUGCUAUGCGUUGAUUCUUUUGUAAACAAUGGCACAACCCAUACAAUCUCAUGGGAAAUCCUGUACUCUUUAAAACUUGUUUUCUCGGAUGUCCGUCAAGACUCUCUGAUGAUUUAUGCACCAUUUGUUAUAUACAAUAUGUACUUUAUGCAGAAAUCAAAAUAUUCAAUUUUGCUGAUAUAUUUCUUCAACAGUUAAGCCAUAAGCUUUUGUAAAUAUGGCAACUACAAUAUGGUCAUUUUCUAAGUAGUCUAUAAAGAUUUGUAAAUUAUCUUUGCAGAAUUUACCAGGGGCAAUGUGUACUAUAUGUAAAAAUUAUAAUUUUAAUUAUGUCUGCUGUACUUUGUAGUAUACACUUGAGCAAUAUAGUUGACCAAUUUGUCAAUGUUAUAUAUGUGCCUUUCUUUCGCCUAUAAAUUAGAGUCCUGUUUCACACUCUAGCGGCAGAA